UACACAGCCAACAUGUAUGCAUUCACGUGGAAUACGAUCCAGACGGCGCUCAAAACCCCAGUUCACCGGCCAUUAGAAGGCGACGGCGACUUUCGGCUCAUUCAACUUGUACCUGAUGCGGCAAACUCCUCACAGGGUGGUUUUCGUGUCGCACUUCAACACUUUACCCUCAAAGAUGCGCCUCCCUUUCAUGUACUGUCCUACACCCGAGGUCCCUCGAUCAAUCGGUGGAUUACCGCGGAGUGGGACAGAGUCAUUGGCUGCUCGCAUUUCAGCGACACAGACGCACCGAGUAAUCCGAACGCUCAGUGCAAGCCGAGGGCUUCGAGAAAGCCAGAAGUUCAGAGUGAGCCAGAAGUUCAGAGUAAACUGGACGCUCAGACUAAAACAGAUGCUCAAACCCAACCAAACGGAUCUUCCGGAGAAUCCUGGGCAGGCUCAUUGGCAGGCUCAUUAGCAAACCGCAUCAUAUCGGCUUUUCCAACUAAAGUCGUGUCAAAGACGGACUUGGUGAGCAUCAAGGUGAACGGCGGGCAGCUCAAGGUCCACCAGAGCGUUGUCGACUUUCUCCAGAUGGCGUACCAACAGCAAAGGUACCGCCCACGAGACCUGAUGCGCAUCGACCCAGACAGCAAAGCAGACUCUAAGACGGAAGAAACGUACUUAUGGGUUGAUUCUAUUUGCAUCAAUCUCGAAAAUGCCGAAGAGCGUGACCGUCAGGUGACGCAACUAGGAAGCAUCUACAAAACCGGG